AUGGCUUUCCUUCCGGAGGACGAUUGCGAUACCAAUAGAAAGCGGUUGAAGAAGUCUAUUGAAAAUUGCCAUGAUGAUGUCGAGAAUAAUAAUAUUGCACUAUUACUACUUCCAGAGGAUAUCAUAAUUCUGGAAAUCGUAAACAAGUUAGACUUGGUGGAUUUUCAUCGUUUUAGCGCAGUUUGUAGGUCCUGGCAAUCGAUUGCUAUUGCUGCCAGGAAAAUACGGCAGUUUCUCCUUCGACCUCAACUCCCAUGCCUCAUGCUUUCCUCCUCAGAGUCCUCAGAGUCAGAGGAUCAUCAUCAUCAUCAUCAUGGGUUUUUCAGUGUCUUCCAUGGGAAAGUUUUUAGGUUAGAAUUGCCUCCUGAAGUCUAUGGCGCUCGGUGUUGUGGGUCUAACUGGGGAUGGUUGAUAAUGGUGGGUAAUAAGGGAUGCAAUUUUCUUCUGAAUCCAUUUACUAGGGUUCGAAUUGAACUUCCACCUCAAUCUACUCUUCCUUCUCUCGGUGGGGGACCUUUCUUUGACUGGAUUGAACGGAGCCCAAACUACAUUCGCAAGGCUAUGUUAAUGUUGUCGCCGCCUCCUCCUGCUGCUGCUGCUACGACUAACAACAAUUCUAAUUAUUUGGAUGAUUGUAGUAAUCCUCCUCUUCACCCAAAAAGAACAAGCUGUAACAUUGCUCCUCCAGCAGAAGAUGAUCUUAAGAGACUUACCACUGAGAUGGUGAAGUCUGUUUAUUUGGUGGAAUGUCGUGGAGAGCUGCUGAUGGUUAUAAGAUGUGCAGAAUUUGUAGUUGGUUUAACAUCCCCCAAAACUGUUAUGUUCAAGAUAUUUAAGUUAGAUCCACAACGUCGGCGCUGGAUUAAGGAGGAGGACUUGGGUGAUCAAAUGCUAUUUAUUGGCACAAGUUCUGGCACCAGCUCUGGUGUCGUCAUCGGAUGGGCCUAUGAUGCCGGACGAUUCGCAGAAAUGUGUGAAUUCGCUGCAAACGUCGCUUCUCAGUCGCAACAUCCACAUUCCACAGCCCAACGCGACAUGCGACACAAUCCUUUGUUUUUGCGAGAUUCAGCUUCAUCAGAUCACCUCCUUGAGCUGUCCCACUACGUUUAA